AUGAAUGUGCCUCGGACGUCUGCGGAGCCAGGGCAAUCGCAGCCUCAAAUGGCGGGCGAGACGGGGUCUGGCAGGGGGAGGACGGUGACAACAGCUUGCGAGCGAUGUCGAAGGAGAAAAAUCCGCUGCGAUGGCGAGACUCCGUGUGCGACGUGUCGGCGCUUUCGCAUCAGCUGUGUCCGGAUCCAGAAGAACGAUACCCAGGCGCUGGAGCAGCGAGUGCGCCAGCUCGAGGCCCAGAUUGCCGAUUUCAACACGCAGGGCCAUAACUCCGGCCCAUUUGGCCUUCCUAGUCCUCAGGCUUGGUCGCCGGAUGUUCAAUUCAAUGUUGAUUUUGGCUCCCCAGGCCCGGCCGUCGCAAUGGACCAGUCAUUCAGCCAGUUCCACCCUGGCAGCCCGUCGCCAUUGGAAAUCCCGAGCAUCCAGGUAGUCGACUACGCGGACUCGAUGUCGCCAGUAUCCCCAGUAUCGCUGUCUCCUUCGCCAAUGCUCCGUCCACUGGCCCCAGCGAGGCCAAACCCGAUAUCCGACGGUCUGGGUGCUGGGCUGCGUCCACCGAGCUCCGGCACUGCCGUCUCCCCUCCAACAACUGCCAUUCCAUCGCCAAACCAUGGGCUCAUGCCGUAUCUAUCGCCGAGGAGCCUCCCAGCGCCAUCGAGGUCUCGCAGCUCCUCCAUUUCAUCGUUGGGUCUUGACACGGACUGGGCGUCUGCACCCGAUCUCUCCGUCUACGGCCUGACAGACACCGAGCUGGAGUCCGGUAUAUUCGAGAUUCCUUCGACAUCUCCUGAUUCAGAACUGCAGGAACCUACAAGAUUCGAGGCCGAGACCCUGAUCGAUAAAUUCUUUCUCCAAAUUCAACUCGCAGCCUACCCUCUAGCCCACUAUCCGCUCGACCGAUUCAAGCUGCUCGAGUUCCUCAAUAUCAUUCACCACCAACAGGCGCCAACCCUCGGUACGGUUCCUGACUGGUCUUGCUCGGAAUCAAUGGCUCGGUUUCACGUAUAUAUGGCUAUGGCAGUGUCUCUGAAGAUGGAGAAGGACGAGAGGAGCAGCACGUUGAAUCUACUCCAGAAGUGCUAUAGACUGGCGCUGCGUGAGACUCAGGAGCCUUCGUUCUGGAAACAGGCCUUUGCGCAGGAGGCUGCAGUGUUGUUUUCGUUAUUUGCACAUGCGAGUAGUCAGGAAUAUCCAUAG